AUGCCAGAGUCUGCCUCUGACCGCCGGGAGGCGCCCGAGUCUGCCGCUGACUGCCAGGAGGCGCCCAAGUCUGCCGCUGACCACCAGGAGUCCGCUGCAAUUCUUCCAGCCACUCUGAAGUGGAGGAGGAAGAGACAGGUCCUGGCGCCUUUGUUCACUGGGUCCAAGUUUAUUGCAGCUUCCCAAAAGGGGCCAGAGUCCGCUGUAGCUCCCAAGGAGGCGUCUGUGUUCGUUGCAGCUUUCCAGAAGGGACCCCAAUCUGCUACAGUUCCCCAGGAAGUGCCUGUGUUCACUGCAGCUCCUCAGGAGGGGUCCGAGAUCGCUGCAGCUUCCCAGUCCCUUCUCCAAUGGCCACCAACAUCCUACCCAUCUCCCCAGCAAUCAGCGAGAACAGCUAGCAAUACAUCGCAACCAGCCAGAACACCCUUGCAACCAUUUAGUAAUGCAAUGUCAGUCUGUCUGACUACGACCAGGUGGAGGAUUAGUGUUGAGGUUACUUCUACUCUGACAAUGUUCCCCAACUCUGAGGGUUGGUUUUUCCAGCAGGACAAAGCUCCAUGCCACACAGCCAGGUCAAUCAAGGUGUGGAUGGAGGACCACCGGAUCAAGAUCCUGUCAUGGCCAGCCCAAUCUCCAGACCUGAACCCCUUUAUUUGGGUAAAGACCAGCGAGUCUACCUGUGCGAGUCCACCAAGCAAGGACACCGACAAGGCGCCACCCACCAUAGCACUUAAGUAUCUUGUUAUUGUAUCUCUUAUUAUUUUCCUUCUAUAUUCUAACACGUCUACUUCACGAAUAACACAUGCCUUCAAGCACAUCUCUGUUAUCUGUUACAGACCGAUUACACGAUAUCGAUGCAAGACCAAAUGCAACCCACACAACCUACGGCCACUUUGCACUUCAGCACCUGCUCCACUCUCUUUCUCAGUGGGACUCUGGAACUGCCAGUCAGCUGUGAACAAAGCUGACUUCAUUCCGGCCUUUGCCACGCAGUCCACCCUCAGCAUCCUGGCACUGACAGAAACAUGGAUACGUCCAGAGGAUACAGCAACACCUGCUGCUCUCUCCAACAACUUCUCCUUCUCUCACACCCCUCGACACACCGGUCAGCUGACAAACUUUCUUGAGGAGUUGGAUGUCCUGCUGUCCUCCUUGCCGGAGGAUGGUAGGACACUUGUGGUUCUUGGUGAUUUCAACAUACACCAAGACAAGCCCCAGGCCACUGAAUUGAAUACUCUCCUGGCCUCAUUUGACUUGGAAAAACUACACACCACAGCAACUCAGAGAUCGGGCAACCAGCUGGACCUCAUCUUUACACGCCAACACGUGCUACACCACCCAGCCCCUGGUUAUCUGACGUCCUUCGUGAACAUUGGACUGACCUUAGGGCAGCUGAGAGGAGAUGGCGGAAAUCUAAAGAUCCAGCAGAUCUAGAACAAGCUGCUGGAUGACAAUCAGUCAGGCUUUAAAAGUGGACACUCCACCGAGACCGCCCUGCUGCCUGUCACCGAGUCGCUGAGACGAGCGAAAGCUGAAUCCAGAUCAUCAGUCCUGAUUCUGCUGGACCUUUCUGCAGCCUUUGACACAGUCAACCAUCAGAUAUUACUCUCUACCCUUUCCUCGCUGGGCAUCACAGGAACUGUGCUUGACUGGUUUAAUUCCUAUCUCUCCCGUAGGUCCUUCAAAGUAGCCUGGAGAGCCCAACGACACCACAGUGACUGCUCGAAUUUCUGCCUGCCUGGCGGACAUCUCGGCCUGGAUGAAGGAGCACCACCUGCAACUCAACCCAGCCAAGACUGAACUCCUUGUUUUUCCAGCCAACCCUGAUGUUGAACACAACAUCACCGCACAGCUGGGUGCAACUACAGUAACGCCUUCCAAAUCGGUCAGAAAUCUAGAGGUAACCAUCGACAACAGACUAAAUUUCACACACCACAUCUCAAAGACUGCAAGAUCAUGUAGAUUUACACUCUACAAUAUCAGGAAGAUAAGACCCUUCCUCUCUGAACAUGCCACACAACUGCUUGUCCAGUCACUUGUCAUAACUAGACUGGACUACUGUAAUGCUCUCAUUGCAGGCCUCCCUGCAUGUGCAACUAGACCUCUCCAAAUGAUCCAGAAUGCAGCAGCACGUCUGGUCUUUAAUGAACCAAAGAGAGCACAUGUUACACCACUCCUUGUCUCUCUCCACUGGCUACCGGUUGAUGCACGUAUCAAAUUCAAGGCUCUGAUGCUGGCAUACAGAACUGUUACUGGGUCUGCUCCAGCAUACCUAAAAUCAUUUAUGCAGAGCUACGCGCCCACUAGAAGUCUGCAGUCAGCUAAGGAACGUCGCCUUGUUGUACCAACACAAAGAGGCACCAAAACACUUUCCCGGACUUUCAGCUUCAUCAUACCACGUUGGUGGAACGACCUUCCCAACUCCAUCCGUGAAGCUGACUCACUCUCUGUCUUCAAAAAACGACUAAAAAGACAUCUUUUCCAUGAGCACUUAACCAGUCAUUAAAAUAAAUAAAUAAAUAAAUAAAAUUUCUGUUGCACUUUAUUCUAUUUUGAAUACUAUUAUGAUGCUAGUGAUACUUUGUAAUACAGCACUUUUUAUACCACUGUCUCCUAAGAUGAUUCGCUUAUGUUUUCCUCUCUUGUAAGUCGCUUUGGAUAAAAGUGUCUGCCAAAUGAAUAAAUGUAAAUGUAAAAUGUAAACAAAGCCGAGCUGCUUGACUUUUUUGCACCAGGAGUAGCAUAAA